AUGUUCAACGACGACAAUGAGGUGAACCUGAAACAAGUCGAAAAUAAGUUCGGCAACAUAGAAAACAUACAAAUUCUACAUGAUGACAUGAUAAUUAUGGGGAAAGACAGAGAAGAACAUGAUAGAACAGUUGAACAAGUGCUCAAGCGAGCUAAAGAGAUCAAACUCCUGAAGUACUCUCUUAAUGUCUACUAUGUCCCUGGUAAAGACAUUCACUUCGCAGACAUGUUAUCCCGGUCCACUCUAAAAAUUGAGACUAGUGACCCAGAAAUGCUGGAGAUGGUACAUUCUGUUAGUAAACAUCUCCCCAUGAGUAUCGAAAAACAAACUGAGUUACGAUUAGCCACUAGCAACGACUCAACUCUAAGAAAAAUGUUUGACUAUUAUUUCAAUGGAUGGUCAAAAAAAAAACACAUCCCAGAUGAAUGUAAACCCUUCUAUAAGAUGAAAGACGCUAUCUACGUUGAAGCAGGUAUAGUUUUCUAUGAGGACAAAAUCAUUGUACCAAAAUCAAUGCAGAAACAGAUAAUUGAAACACUGCACAACAAGGGCCAUCUUGGUACCAGAAGGACCAUAAACAAGGCAAGAAAACUUUUUUAUUGGAUAAAUAUGACCACCGACAUCACAAACUACAUAAAACAAUGUCGAGUAUGUGAAAAAUAUAUGCCACGAAACCGCAAAGAACCUAUGAUGCCACACACAAUUCCCAAAUUGAGGUUUAACAAAGUAGCAUGCGACAGUCUCGAAUAUGGCAGCAAACCUUAUUUAGUCACAGUCGACUACUUUUCCCAUUGGAUGGAUCUUGUACCUCUUCAGGACAAAACCUCAAGGGCAGUAAUUGAUGCAUUUCAGAAUCUCUUCACCAAGUUUGGAUACCCACAAUUUUUAAUCACUGAUAACCUGCCCUUUAUUUCCCAAAGAUGUCUAAACUACUACAGAGAGAAAGACAUCACAGUAUCAACGUGUACUCCAGAAUGGCAUCAAAGCAACGGGCUUGCCGAGAAAGCUGUAUAUACAGCAAAACAAAUUUUGAGAAAAGCAACAGAGGAAAAGGUUGACUUUCGCGAUUUUCUUUUCGAAUAUAACAACUCAGAAAUUACAAGCCUCAAAUCAUCUCCUGCGGAAAUACUCCAAAGCAGAACACUGCGUGAUCAACUACCAACAUCAAGCAGUAGUUUGGAACCCAGAAUCCAAAAUCACAUUUUUGAAACUCUGGGUCAACAACAAAAAAAGGUCAAGGCAAAUUAUGAUAAACGAGCUCACAAAAAGCCUGCCACUUUUCAAAAAGGGGAUAGAGUCGUUAUCAAAACCAGUAAAGAUCCCAUUUGGCACAAAGCCAUUGUUAUUGAGAAAGCUACUGAACCCAAGUCGUACUGGGGACAUCACACACGCGCUGUGGUUUCGAUAGUUGCUGAGAGGACGAACGAUAUAGUACAAAUUAAAUCUACUUUAUUCGCUGCUCCUGAUGGUGCGCCAUCUCCGUAUUCUCUGGAUUCUGCUGAGAUCUUUGAGCGAGUCAAACGUUCUUACAACAUAUUGCUCAGAAAUGUAUCUGAAUCUGACACAGAGGAAAGUGAGUGUAUUGAUAAGUCAAUAAAGAAAGAAAGGCGUAAUCCACCCCACCUACGUCUGCUUAUGGUUUCCUUUUGGAACAACGGAGUAGUCGAAACGUUACUUAGGAAUAAGAAGAAACUUCUCAAUUCUGGAGAUUUUAGGAGCGUACUAGUUUCGGUCGACAAGACUCCUCAGCAGUUGUCAGCUCGGAGUCAACUCCAACUUAAAGUGAAGGACCGCGAGACGUCCUGA